AUGAGUGCAUUACUUGACGCUGACGCCAUUUUAUCCGACCACGAAGAAUGGAUGAAGCUGGACGAAGAAUGGGGCAAUCCAAUCGACCUGGAUACCGAAGAUGACCAAGCACCGUAUCUAAGAUCUGUAUUUAGCACGUUAGAUUUGAUGAAAACUACUUUCGACUCCUCCUUUCUCUUCAAAAAGGUUAGGAGGAAGGUUGGAAGAAAACUAUCAAAGCGAUCGGCAUCUUCUUUUCUCGAUUACAAAGACUUUUUGAACGAUAUGCAGAAAGACGCGACGAGGGAGUCAUCGAAGCAGUUUUACUUCGUCAGCGGACAGAUAAUAUCUGCAGUUUCGGUUGAGGAGAUAUGUGAUAAGAUUGACAACUAUUUUAAAUCAAUUGAAAAACUCGCCUUCACAAGUACCAUCCGAAAGAAGAAACCUGUUCCACCCGAAGUCGUGAAGUGCAGUAUUUCUAGUGAGGACUUUUCGUUCGACGACACAGAGGUGGGUGUUUCGAGUACAGAAAAAGGAGAUACUAGUGAACUGAAUCGAUUCAUUGAUCAGGCUUUUGAUAACUUCAAUUCGUCAAUAGCCUCGAUGGAGAAUAUCGAUCAGUCGACUCGAGAAUCAGUAACUACGCUGGUGAGGAAGUUUAGCAACGUAAUGAAGAGCCCGAUGAACUGCAGUCCAAGAAGAAAAAGGCAGUGCUGUGAAAAGUUUAGAGAUCUAGCCGAAUUCUGGAAGAAACGAGCUAUGGGUGUUGCAUCUUAG